GAGCAACAACAAACAAUGUCUGAUCCGCAAGCAACGCGCAAAUUUCGAUUCAAAGUGUUGAUCAUUUGUUUCUUUUCAUUUUUGGCAUUAGCAUUGGUGAUUGCAUUGAUCGUUCAUUUAGUCAGAAGACCUUGGGGUCGUAAAUGGUACAAAUAUCGUAAACAUUAUUGGUGGAAAAGAUCUGAUCAACUUUUGACUUUGAAAAAAGAUCAAAUUUUGGAUUUACGUGGCGUUGGUCGUCAAGCUGAAUUGGUAUAUGGUAAUAAGUCCAAACGUGACUUUUAUUCUGACAAAGAUUCAAUUUGGGAACGAGCCAAAGUUAUGCAAUUGCAAUAAGCAA